AUGGCUCCGUCCCGCGCCCUCCGGGAUCUGACCCUAACCCUGGUGGCUGCGGUCGCCGCCCUCGGCUCCCUUCUCUUCAUCGCCUGGAAGAUCUACUUCCGUGGCGCGGGCACCAGCACCGACUGGAGCGGCUGGUGGGAGCGGGAACUGCAGGAGCUGCGAGAACGAGAACCCCCAGGUGACACGGUGCCCUGGCGGCAGGUGCUGGUGCUGGGACUGGACGGGGCUGGGAAGAGCAGUGUCCUACACUACAUCUGCAGCCAGAGAGCCAGGAAGAGCAUCGCUCCCACCUACGGCUUUAACUCUGCACAGCUCUGUGUAGAGGGGCUGGAGAUGGACUUGCUGGAGGUGGGUGGCAGCCAGAACAUGCGAGCAUACUGGCACCACUACCUGAGCCAGGCCCACGUGCUGGUGUUUGUGGUGGACUCGGUGGACAGGUCGCGCCUGCUGACGGCACGUGAGGAGCUGCACACGUUGCUGGAUGCAGAGCCCCGGCUGCCCCUGGUCGUGCUAGCCAACAAGCAGGACAAAAGUGAUGCCCUGAGCACAGCAGAGCUGUGGGAGGAAUUGGCCCUGCACACAGUCAAUGGUCAGCGGGAGAUCUUCCUCCUGCCCACCAGUGCAACCUGGGCCAGCCUAAGCACCACCAACAGUGUCCUCCAUGUGAAGAACUUGCUGGUCACUCUCCUCUCUCAGCCUUGA